GUGGUCGACAUGGUGAAGUAUAGAUUGGGGCAAAAGUGUAUUUAAACAAAAGGUGAAGGAGGAAUCAGAUAAACAUAAGAACUCGUCAAACACUUCAUUAAAUUCUCCAUCACCCCAUCAUCAAUCAAAAAUACUAAAUUCCAAUAAAAAUUCCUCCCGGUGUGAUGUGACGGUCAACACUCCAUAUCUUCUUCUACACUUGCCCAAAUCUCUCUCUCUCUCUCUCUCUUUCUCUCUCAUCGGCCUGUCAAUAUUCGUGACGGCCAAAACAGCAACCGUCAUUUCUUUGUUUCUUCAACUACAAGCCUAAAAUCCAAACGCGUAAUCCCUUUGAUGCAAAUCCUUUUAGCUUCUCCACCACCCAUAACUUUUUUUGCCCUUAAAUAUCAUCCAUUUUUCACCCCGUCGUUCUAAAACCCUUUUGAAUUAAACAAUGGUUGGAUUCAAGAGCAUAGCUUGGCUGCCGGAGGCCACUCACCGCCGUAUCUCCGCCGCAUCGAAGAAAAAUAAGGGCUCCAUUUUAGGGAUUCUCGCUUUCGAGACGGCGAAAACCAUGUCGAGAUUAGUCUCCAUCUACAAAUCCUUAUCCGACGAGGAAAUUUCCAGGUUGAAAAACGACGUCAUCAAAUCCCAAGGAGUUGCGUAUUUGAAUUCCGUUGACGAGGAGUUUCUGCUGAGCCUCGCCUUUGCUGAGAGGCUCGAGGAUCUCGAUCGCGCCGCCAACUCCGUUUCUCGAUUGGGGAAAAAAUGCGACGAUUUAGGGCUCAAUCGAUUCGAUCUCGUCUACACCGAUUUGAAACUCGGCAUCAUUGAUUUCGGCAAACUCGAAUACGGCUCGAGAACCGCCGACAAGAAGCUGCGGAAAAUGGAGAAAUUAGUCUCCGCCACGUCGUCUUUGCACGCAGCAUUGGAGGGUUUGACGGAGAUGGAGGUUUCGGAGAGGAGGCUGAAGCAAUUGAAGGAGAGGCAGAUCGAGCUGCUGCAGAAGGCCAAUUUCGACCUUUUCAAUCACAAACUUGAGAAUCAACGCAAGGAUGUUCGUUAUUUCAGAGAAAUUUCACUCUGGUCCAAAACUUUCGAUAAAAGUGUUGACUUGAUGGCAAGAUUUGUAUUCCUUCUGUAUGCAAGAAUUUGCUCUGUUUUAGGACAGGGGAUUAAUCCACCCCCUAUCGAAACAAUCAAGGAAAAGCUCGUUCCGCAUUCGGGUCCUCUUUUAACCACGUCGAAACCUACCAUGGUCCGCUUUUACAGCCGGAAAUCACUUCUCUUCUUCGACGAAGAUGAUAAUGGUAAAGACGGUGAUGGUGGUUAUGGAGCUGACGAAGAAAAGAUUGUGAAAAGCAACAAGGUGUUCCAUUCCGCGGGGCCCACAACGCUUGGCGGGACGGGCCUAGCAUUGCGUUAUGCGGACGUGAUUCUAUUGGCCGACAAGUACUUGGACUCCACCAUAUCGGUAACCCACGAAGAAAGGGAGUCUCUUUAUCAGAUGCUGCCGGAAAAUCUGAAAGCUCUGGUGAAGACGAAGCUGAGCAAGAACAUGAAAUUCGCGGAUGACGAUGCGUCGCUGGCCGAGGGGUGGAGGGAAGCCAUGGAAGACAUGAUGGAUUGGAUCGGACCGAUGGCGAACGAUACCGUGAAUUGGCAGAUGGAGAGGAAUUUCGAGAGGAUGAAGUUCGACGCCAAGCCAUCUGUGCUGUUGCUGCAGACAUUGCAUUUUGCGGAUAAAGAGAAGACCGAGGCUGCCAUAGCCGAGAUCUUGGUUGGGUUGAGUUGCAUUUUCAGAUUCGAAAAUCGUCAAUUAGGCGUUUGAUUAUAGGGCGUGAUUUGUCGAGAAUAUAGCACAAGAAUGGAUUUUUAUGAAGCACAGCAAAAUAAUGUCUAACAGUUUGGAUGAUGAUUAUUAUUAGCUGAUUCUUUCUUUAUUAUGUGGUACUAGUGAUUGAUAUUUGGUAUUGGGAUUCUAAGCAUCUUGUGUUUGUUUGUUUACAUAUGUACACUUAGUCUUAGAAAUUGUAUUAGUUUGUUGAAAAGAUUGUUUCCUGAGGCCAGUUUGGUCAUUUUAUGUGAAAUUCUGUUCAUUGUCUUCA